AGUGUUGGAUUCUUGCAUGCUUUAUUUAUUUAUUUAUUUAUUUCGCUCUCAACUGAGCGGUUGAGGCUGUUGAGGCGCGCGCGCACCGGAGAGCAAGUCAAGUCGUGCCGGACCGGACUGACGCGCCAAAAUCGUCGCAACUCAAAACAAGAAGAGCUGCUCACAAUUUUAUGGGGGAAUAAUCAAUCAUGUCUUCGCCUGAUGAUGGCAUGUGCUCGUUUGCGUAGCUGACCUCGGAUUUCUGGACUUGUAUUUGUAACUAGUACAAGGAAUGGCUUUCCUUUUGACGUGCUUCUUUCUGUCUUGUUACAGCGUAUGCAGUGCUCGGGGGACACAGCACAGCGAGAGCAGUAUCUAUUUGGAUAACAUCACGCGCAUAUUGGAUAGAUUACUGGACGGCUAUGACAACAGGCUGCGACCUGGAUUUGGAGGUCCAGUGACAGAAGUCAAAACGGACAUCUUUGUUACCAGCUUUGGACCCGUUUCAGAUGUGGAGAUGGAAUACACCAUGGACGUGUUCUUCCGGCAAACGUGGAUCGACGAGCGCUUGAAAUUCGAGGGCCCCAUCGAGAUCCUUCGACUCAACAACCUCAUGGUCAGCAAGAUCUGGACGCCAGACACGUUUUUCCGCAACGGCAAGAGGUCGAUCUCUCACAACAUGACCACCCCCAACAAGCUGUUCCGCAUCAUGCAGAACGGAACCAUCCUCUACACCAUGAGAUUAACUAUCAAUGCAGAGUGCCCCAUGCGCCUGAUGAACUUCCCGAUGGACGGACAUGCAUGCCCACUCAAGUUUGGGAGCUAUGCUUACCCCGUCAGUGAGAUCAUGUACACGUGGAAAAAAGGUCCUCUGUCUUCCGUCGAGGUGCCGCAGGAGUCAUCCAGUCUCUUGCAAUAUGACCUCAUCGGUCAGAGAGUGUCAAGUGAAAGGCUGAAGUCCAAUACGGGGGAAUACGUCAUCAUGACCGUCCACUUCCACCUGCAAAGAAAAAUGGGCUUUUUCUUGAUCCAGACAUACAUUCCCUGUAUCAUGACCGUGAUCUUGGCUCAAGUCUCCUUCUGGAUUAACAAGGAGUCCGUUCCAGCUCGGACGGUAUUUGGUAUCACCACCGUGUUGACCAUGACCACCCUUAGCAUCAGCGCCCGCCACUCCCUUCCCAAAGUCUCCUACGCCACAGCCAUGGAUUGGUUCAUCGCCGUCUGCUUCGCUUUCGUCUUCUCCGCCCUCAUCGAGUUCGCGGCUGUCAACUACUUCUCCACACUGCAAGCUAACCGGGAGCUACGCAAGGCGGCGGCCAUGAAGGCGGCGGCUCAAGAGGCCGCAGCUGCAGCUGCCGCCCCAGCUGCCAGCGCAGGAAAUGAUGGAGAGGUUUCCUCGGCGGAUGCGAGCAACGUGUUGAAGAAGCGGAUGAAUUCGGCGCCCCUUUUCGACCGGCCGGCCAAGACCUUCCCUAACCCGCCCGUCAGCGCCCAGGCCUUCCUGCAGCAAGGCUCCGCCGUGCCGGCCAACAACGUCCUGACCGGCACGAGCAUCAUCGACAAAUACUCUCGCAUCCUCUUCCCGCUUUCCUUCGGCGCCUUCAACUUGGUCUACUGGAUUGUGUACCUCACCAAGGACACCAUGGAGAUGACCAGGGAUUCCGUCUGAACCGGCAGACCAUGGACAUUGCACAGAUGCAACUGCAGAGAGAGACAAACAUGCAUACAAGAGGGUGACCCAACGACAACCCUGGUCUCAUCAACCAUUCGUCACGCGCGUGUGUGUG